AUGAAGUUCCCGGCUUUCAUCACGGCGAUCAUAAGCAUCGCUUCCCUGUCCUCUGCUAUCAGCGUCUCUGGAGCCGCAGAGGGAUUUGCAAAGGGCGUCACCGGUGGUGGCAGCGCAACUCCGGUGUAUCCCAGCACCAUCAGCGAGCUUGUAUCUUACCUGAAGGAUAGUCAACCGCGCGUGGUCGUGCUGACCAAAACAUUCGACUUCAGAGGCAGCGAAGGAACUACCACCGGGACGGGUUGUGCUCCCUGGGGUACGGCCUCGAACUGCCAGCUGGCCAUCAACAAAGACAAUUGGUGUACUAAUUAUCAGCCCAAUGCGCCCUCUGCCUCGGUCUCCUAUGACAACGCCGGCGUCCUUGGGAUUACUAUCACUUCCGACAAGACCUUGAUCGGCCAGGGGUCCAGUGGUGUGAUCAAGGGCAAGGGUAUUCGCAUUGUCAGUGGGGCCAAGAAUGUUAUUAUCCAGAACAUUGCAAUCACCGAUAUCAACCCCAAGUAUGUCUGGGGUGGUGAUGCCAUCACACUGAACAAUUGCGAUAUGGUUUGGAUUGACCAUGUCACGACUGCUCGCAUCGGCCGCCAACACCUUGUCCUCGGUACCAGUGCCUCCAACCGAGUGACAGUCUCCAACUCGUACUUCAACGGAGUCUCAGACUAUUCCGCAACAUGCAAUGGAUACCAUUACUGGGGCAUCUACUUCGCCGGGUCCAACGACAUGGUCACCCUGAAAGGGAACUACAUAUACCAUAUGAGCGGCAGAAGUCCCAAGGUCCAAUCUAACACACUUCUCCACGCGGUCAACAACUACUGGUACGACAUUUCCGGUCAUGCCUUUGAGAUUGGCGCAGGUGGCUAUGUGCUAGCAGAAGGAAACGUGUUCCAGAACGUCCCCACCAUUCUGGAGGAAGAUGACGGCCAACUGUUUACCUCGCCUAACUCGAACACAAACCAGGUCUGUUCCACAUACUUGGGCCAUGUGUGCCAGGUGAAUGGAUUUGGAAGCUCCGGCACUUUCAGUUCCGCCGACACGGGCUUCUUGGUGAACUUCCAGGGCAAGAAUGUUGCGUCUGCUUCGGCAUACACUGUUGCACAGAGUAGUGUGCCGUCGAAUGCUGGACAGGGCAAGCUGUGA